AUGACGGAACGAGUGGAAUUGCUGAAGAUACUAAGAUAUUUAUGCAGCAAGGUUGGGGAGCUUCCAAAGGCGAUCUGGCUCCCCCAAGACGCGAUAGAGCUGGAGAGGUCAGACGGAGCUGCGGCCAGGGGAGGGUUCGCAGAUGUCUACCGCGGGACGCUGCUCGUCGGCGGUCAGCGUGCAUCAGUAGCAGUGAAAAUGAUUCGCGAGGAUGCGGGGGAUCCGGCGAGGAUUCGUGCUGAAUGCUUCAAGGAAGCGGUCGCCUGGAGGCAUUUCAAGCACCCGCAUAUCGUUCCGUUCCUAGGCGUCUGCCUCGUCGAUUCAAGCAUAUGCUUGGUCAGCAGCUGGAUGACAAACGGCACUCUGGUUCGCUUCCUCCGGGACUCUCAUUUUCCUGAAAACCGCAGGAUCGGCUUGCUGGUCGAUGUCGCAUCAGGACUUCGUUAUCUGCACCAGCACGAAAUCGCUCAUGGGGAUUUGAAAGGCGCAAAUGUCUUGAUCGAUCGAGUGUCUCCUUGGGAGUACGUUGCGCGCAUAGCGGACUUUGGACUCUCUACAACGAUAGAAACGAUGACGCGGUCCUGCGGCAGCGGCACCAUCCGCUGGAUGGCACCGGAGCUCCUCGACCCAGAGAGUUUCGGCUUGGAGCACGCGCUGCCAUCUAAGGAAGCUGACAUAUAUGCCUUCGCUAUGGUCAUGUGGGAGGUGUUUACCGAGGAAAUUCCCUUCUACGAGUCUCCGAACGAUGCAAACGUCAUAUCAAGAGUCUUCAGAGGGGAGCGGCCUAAGCGUCCUGUCGGCAUUACCGGCUCACGGGGCCCGUUCAAAGACUCGAUUUGGAUUUUGAUGGAAGAGUGUUGGAAACAAGAGCGGGACGCUCGCCCACCUGUGGGAGUGGUGCUCGAUCGUCUCUGCAUGGAAUCUUAG